UGCGACGGCAUCAAAAUCGACCCUCCACAACAGUCCCAAUGAAACAGCCUAAAAUCCUCUACAAAGACCGGCCCCUGAUCUACAGCGACCAACAAAUUGACAUCGAGGAGUUGAAGAGAACACACAAGUCCAGGUUUGCAAAGUCGUAAUGGAGUCAGUGCAGAAAGCCAAGCAGAGGUUUCGGCAGUACCCUGCUCUUCUGGCAAAGUGUGGUAAAGAGGCGACUGCAUAUGCGACGUGCGUGUUGAAGAGAGACAAUGUGAAUUUGAACGAUUGCAAGGAGGAGUUUGUAAAGUUUAAAAGUUGUUUGCAGAAGUCAGCGGCGAGUUUGAAAACUAGGUUGUAA